AUGCUGGACUUGGGCAGGAAGUCGAUUGUGAAGGGCAUAGAACGUGGGCAAAACUGUUUGCUUGAAAGCCCCACAGGCAGUGGAAAGAGUUUGGCUUUAUUGUGUUCUGCCUUGGCUUGGCAAGAAGCAGAAUCUGAGAAAGCUGAGAAAGAAAGUAAAAAACAGGAUGAAGAUAAAUGUUCUAGCAGUCCAGUUGGUCCCUGUACCUGUGGAGCUGGGAACCCUUCAAGUGGUCUCUACCCCACUGGCCUGGAACCUCCCUAUGUCCAGCCACACCCACUGCUGGUACACAGUCACAUUACAGCCAAUGUACUCCAAGGUGAAACUCCACCAAACACUGUAAGCAGAGGGAGCAAUACCACUGCUGCUGGGACGUCUGACAUGAAGGAAAACCCCACAAUAGGUGGCAGCACUCACACAAUCCAAUCCAAUCAAAACAGUGCAGAGAAAGAAGAUGAAGACUUCCGCCCCACCAAAAAAUUCCGCACUCCAGGUGGGCAGGUAGGAGUCAAAAGAGUCCACAAGGGUGUCGCGUACGAAGAUGAGGAGGAGGAAGAAAAGAGUGGACCCUCAAUGGUCAACCCACCUGCGGCUGGACCCCCUGCCUGGACAAUGCAGAUCACUAGUACUGUGGGGUCAUCCUAUGCUGCCCAGCUGACCAAUGCCACACCCGCUGCCACGCCCUGUGCUGCCUGUGUGUGCAGGAGGAAAAAUAAGGAGGCAGACUGUGCUGCUGGUGGGGACAACUUAUCUGGGGAGAGGAGGAAAGUGCCAAAAAUUUACUUUGGAACCAGGACUCACAAGCAGAUAUCUCAGAUUGUUCAUGAACUUGGCAGAACUGCCUAUAGGGAGGCAAAAAUGUGUAUCCUCUCCAGCCGAGAGCACACCUGUAUCCACCCAGAGGUGUCCAAUGGCCCUAAUAAAAAUGACGGAUGCAGGGAAAAAUUGGAUCACAACCAAUGCAACUACUUUGAGAAUGUGUACAGGAUUAACCAGAGCAGCAUCAGGGCCUAUGGACUGGCAACAGCUUGGGAUAUUGAAGAUUUUGUUGGAGUCUGCAAGAAAAAAAGAGCUUGCCCAUAUUAUGGUGCAAGGGGGUUAAAGACUGAUGCUCAGAUAAUUUUCUGUCCCUAUAAUUAUUUAAUAGAUCCUGUUAUAAGAGAAAAUAUGGAGAUUGCUUUAGAGGACCAAAUUGUAAUCUUAGAUGAGGCCCAUAACAUAGAGGACGCUGCCAGAGAGGCUGCCAGCUACUCCAUCAACCAAGAGCAGCUCAGGAAGGCCAUUGAGGAUAUCAAAUUCAUGGUGGACCAAAAUAUUAAAGUGGAUAAUUACCUGGCUUUGAAAUCCAUGGUAAAACAUUUUUAUACUGUUCCUCAUGGCGUGUUGGUGUUUGUUUCCUCAUAUAACAUGUUGGAGAAGCUGAAAGCACGGUGGGAGACAACAGGGGUGGGGUCAGCCCUGCAGGAGAAGAAAGCCUUGUUUUGUGAGCCAAGAGCAUCAGACAAAGUGGACUUUGAUGAACUAAUGAAAUCUUUUUAUCAAGCCAUUGAGGAAACAGCAGAUGGAGCUAAAAGCGGGGGCCAGGACGGUGCGCUGUUUAUUGCCGUGUGCCGAGGGAAAGUCAGUGAGGGGUUGGACUUUGCUGAUAAUAAUGCUAGAGCAGUGAUAACAGUUGGGAUCCCAUUCCCCAAUGUGAAGGACCUGCAGGUGGAACUGAAGCGUAACUAUAACAACCAGCACCACGCCAGUCGCGGUCUGCUGACAGGGGCGCAGUGGUACGAGAUCCAGGCCUACCGUGCUCUCAACCAGGCCCUGGGCAGGUGUAUACGCCACAUCAGGGACUGGGGGGCACUCAUCUUGGUGGAUCAGAGGUUUGGAAAUAAUCCUCAAAAAUAUACAAAAGGUCUUUCUAAAUGGGUACGCCAGCGAGUCCAGAACCACGUGACCUUCACCCAGGCCAGACUAUCUCUCAAAGAAUUCACACAGUCUAUGAUAGAGAACCCACCCACCAACACUAUUGCUAACACCAGUUUGAAUACCAGUAUGGCAGGUGGUUUCCUUCCCAGUACUCAGACUCCACUGUCACAAGAAGACCCCAGUUUGCAGCAGGGGAAUUUCUCUGUGAUAGGUAUUGUAGCUUACAACUGGAUUUUAAUUUUAAUUAGAAUAUCACAUGGAAAUCCUGCACCUCCAAAAGGCAAGGAUAUAAUGUCCACUCCCACAGCAGCCAUUAGCAGCAUAAAAUCCCAAAAUGACACCCCUUUGCCAACAAAUGGCAAAUGCCAGUCUUCCACCCCUGGAGCUGUGGAGCUACCAGUAUUAUCCAAGGCAACCAUGGGUACAGCCAUAAAUAAGAAACGGUCAAAGUCUUCACCAGGAUCAACUUCAGAAGGCAGUGGUGGUGCAAGAAACUACCAACCUCUGAU